CGUACUCGUUGCACAACUUGCUACUCGCCGGAAGAACACACAGGGAGAUCCUCUACAAUAUGGCCGUCACUUACUCGGAGGCCAUCUCCCGCAUAUCAAAUUACCUCGACCAGCGCAACAAAGCCACACCGAGCAGCUCGUCGUCGUCGUCAAGCAAUGGCGACGUACUGGUACGUCUUGAAAAGGCCGUGGGCAGGACAUUAGCAAAAGACUAUGCGGCAACAAUCGAUGCUCCGCCGUUUGAUAAUUCCGCCAUGGACGGGUACGUUCUCUCAUCAAGCAAGACCGCUGCCGCGUCCCCUUCAAAUCCCUUGACCUUCCAAGUAUCAGGCUCGAUCGCUGCCGGUGAUUCUCCCCUCACCCUUACGGACGACGAUCAAGACGAAAUGAAAUGUUACGAGAUCAUGACCGGAGCGCCUUUUCCCCUGUCCAACGGGAUGGGUUACGACGCUUGUAUACGACACGAAGCCGUCACCUACGCUUGUCAAGAUUAUGAUCAGAGUCAGGAUGGAGUUCAAGCUGGGCCGUCGACUUCGGAUACAUCCUUCCCUCGAGCGAAGAGAAUCACCCUCAACGCGCCCGUCCCCCCUAGGUCGAAUCGCAAAGUCGCCGGAGAAGAUUUCCGGACAGGCGAUCUUCUCGCUAAGCAGGGGACUGUGAUCACACCGGGGAUCGUGAUGGUGCUGUCUUCGACGGGCGUUGAGAGGGUGCUGGUACGAGCUAGAGAUGAGGAUGAGGAAGGAAAGGGACGAAGACGAAGGUUAUGCAUAGGGAUCUUGACCACCGGAAAGGAGGUUGCCAACAAUCACAACUUGCCCACCGGCACUUUACGACCACAAUCUACUUCUGUAUCGCUCGACAGCAAUACCGACAACCAAGCAACAGUAGCAGCAGCGACAACAACGCCGAUCUUACAGAAAGGACACAUUUUCAACUCGAACGCCCCUUACCUUGUCUCCACCCUAGAUUCAUGGGGUCACGAACCCGUCGUGAUCCCCGCACCAUCACAAGACACUCCUGAAGCUUUCCAAGAAAGACUCCGUACUGCCCUCCCGCUUGAUCUUGACCUGAUCAUCACCACCGGCGGUGUAUCAGCCGGGAAACAUGAUUACGUCCCUUCCUCUGUUGUCGAUCUGGGUGGGAGAAUCGUCUUUCAUAAAACAACCAUCCGACCGGGAUUCCCCGUCAUGUUCGGCGAGAUCCCUUCAGAUGAGAACGAGACUAGUGGGGUCCCGAUUUUCGGACUUCCAGGGAAUCCGAUUGCCGUAGCCGCCUGUCUGAGGUUUUUGGUCACCGUCUUCUUGACACGGUGCAACGCCGCUCAAGCUCCUUCUUUGGGUCUCGAGGUCGGCAGGUUGUUAUCACCCGACUUUUCUGCCCGUCAAGGUAGUUCACCCGCUACGGCCGGGUGUGGAGUGGAAAAAACGCCACAGGACGUGACGGGCCAGAAGGAGCAUCGGGCGAGGUACCACAAGAAACCUCUGAUGACCCGGUGCUUCCUGCCAUCCAAGCUGCAUCGAUCACGCCCGGUUGAUGCUGUUUCGGACACGGAUGAACGCGGCGCGACGGUGCCAGGGCUGGACAUGCUUCCCUGGGUCGAACCGCUCACCCGAUCGGCCUCGUUGACCAAGGCGAUGAGCGAGGCGGACUGCUGGGUUGUCUUGCCGGAAGGCAAAGAAGUCUUUGAGCCCGGCGAGAUCGUCGAGGUCGUCAGCAUGAAGCCAGAAUAGGAAAUGCAGGGUCUUCGGACACAUUUCAUGUAUAUCGUGUGCGACCCGGAAAAAAAAAGUCAAAGUCGCUAGUACAGCUAGUACACACCGAUGGUAUAAUAUGCGU